AUGGCCCAGCAAGUCCACACGCUGGGACCUACGUGUGCCUUCUAUGAGGACGACCCUGAUGACACUUCCACCGACGCAUUAACUCCCCCCAAGGUCAAAGCUCAAUUCUUCUACGUGUCCUCGCUCCCGAUUGAUGACCCUCUCUCCCCUCUGCCCCCAGUGACUGCGGACAAGGCCACUGAUCUUCCUCCUCAACCGUUUUCGGUCCGGGACAAUGCUGCCUUGGAAGAAGCAUGGCAGACCUUCCAGAAAGUCGAUGAAGCGGCCUACGGUGAAGAAGGAGGCAGCAGAAAGAGGAACUUGGCACAAGGAAUAUUCUCAUUUUCACAGCUCCGAGAUGGACAGGACGCCAGAGGGCAAUCACAAGCAACAAAGUCCGGUCGCUCUAGGACCAAAGGCACUUCGCGUGGCCGUACACGUGUCAGCCCCAUGUCACCUUCAUCAGGAUCCGAGGUCAUGCUGGAACAUGCUCACAGUGAUUCAAAAGUCGAGGCUCAACCGGUGGAUGCCGAAGAGUUGCGGGAGAAUGCCGAGCUCCAGCAACAGCCCAGCAAGGACUCGAGCAAACAAAAGAGGCGAUUUUCGCCCUUUCAUCGCCGACACAAGGAACGCAAGGACAGCCGCGAUACUCUCCCUAAGCCCGCCGAUCUGGACCAGACGGCUACACCUGCAACACAACCCCCACCGGACCCUUCUUCUGACAUCAGCGGUCGCCCAUUCGCACGCGCGCCUAGCGGGCGCAAUAUCAAUGCUGCGCUAACCUAUGAACCGGGGGGCACCUAUUCGGAUGAAUCAGAAGCUGAGUCUAGAAGUCGUUCUCAAAGUCCCGGUCGGCGUCGCAAGAAGGAAAAAGAAAACGAGAAAGCUUAUGUCCCGGUCGGCGUAUCUCGUCUGCAUUUGGUUGAAAUGCCCGACCUUGUCAUGAAACCGAUAUACUGGUCUCCCAUCAACGACACAUCCAAUGUGAUUCGGGCCACUUGGUUCUACAAAGACACCAUGUUACCUGUUCCAGCUGACGUGGCAAAUCGUCUAGAAAUCGGUUACGAAUAUAUAAAGCCCUUUGGCCCCGCUUACCAAGAAGAAAUGCAGGCCUGCAUUGAUAAUGGUGCUUCUGCGGAAAUGAAGGUGGUGUAUAAGCUGUGGCCUGACGAGCCGAAAUCUAGCAGGCCCUCAACUGCUGUGGAUAUGAAGGAAACCAAUCAGAGCGAUAGUCAGCGGAAGGGGAGCAAAGACCUCCCAGACACUGUCCAGAAUGCUGCUGCAGACCCUCGACAUACCCCGGACAAACGGCUCUUUGCAACUCACAGCGUCAUCUACACGGAUGCUCGGAAUGCUCAAAUCUUGAAGCCUAACCUGCUUCCUUCCAUCACACAGAAUCGCCGCCCGCUGAGCUCCCUUCGGAAAGGGAGACAGAUCGGCGUGGCAGUGAUCCGUGGGUUUGACCGCAAAGCAUGGUUGAAAAUCCAUCCCGACCCCAAACUGGAUGCUAAAGCUGCUCAUGCGAAGGUUGGAGCCUAUUUGUCCCAAUCAGGAGAUGCCACUACCCGAGGACGCCGAAUGUCAUGCGCAGCAUGCGAACAAGACAGUAAAGCGCCCAAGGUUACUGACCUUGUCUUCGUCAUCCACGGUAUUGGGCAAAAGCUAUCAGAAAGAGUAGACAGCUUCCAUUUCACGCACGCCGUGAAUGGUCUGCGACGGGAAUUCAACGUUGAACUGGCAAGCGAAGUCGUCAAAGGAAAUCUGAGGCAUGGAACAGGCAUCAUGGUCCUACCCGUAAAUUGGCGGUUGACCGUCUCAUUCGAUGAGGACAUCAAGGCUGCUUCUGAAAGCACCGAGAAUAAAUACGCUUUGAAGGACAUCACUCCGGAUACUCUCCCCGCCGUGCGAUCCAUUAUCAGCGACGUCAUGCUGGAUAUUCCCUACUAUAUGUCACACCACAAGGAGAAGAUGACCUCGGCCGUCAUCAGGGAAGCCAACCGGGUCUACCGACUUUGGUGUCGCAAUAAUCCAGGGUUCGAAGACUAUGGCAGGGUGCAUCUGGUUGCUCAUUCCCUCGGCUCUGUCAUGGCGAUGGAGAUUCUCAGUCAACAGCCUACUCGACUUGGCAAGGACAUCAAAUUUGACCCCAAAAGGCCGAGUGAGAAGAUCUUCGAGUUUGACACAACCAACAUAUUCUGCUGCGGGAGUCCUUCGGGUUUCUUCCUGCUUCUCCACAACGCCAAUCUAGUCCCGCGAAAAGGCAGGGACAAACCUGGGAUGCAAGGAGAUGAUCGGCAAGCAGGAAUUGCCAGCGAAGCAAAAUAUGGAUGUCUUGCCGUCGACAACAUCUAUAAUAUCGUCCACAGAAACGAUCCAAUCUCCUACCUACAAAAUGCCUCCGUGGAUGAACUAUACGCAAAGUCCCUUCAACCGGCAGUCAUACCCAGCGCUAGUGUCAGCUUCAUGACACGCAUCGGACACAGUCUACGUUGGGCAUCCGGUACCACAGGUGAUCCGUACUCUGCCAUCGCUUCGCCGGCCCGCCCACAACUCACCCAGAUGCCCAGCACCGUGGAACUGGAGACGCACAAUUUCACUCGUGAAGAAAUUGCCGAGAAGCGCAUGUAUCUGCUCAAUGACAAUGGGCAGAUUGAUUGGUUCUUGUCAGCGGGCGCCGGCCCCUUGGAAUUCCAAUACUUGAACAUGCUCAGCGCGCACAGUAGUUAUUGGAUUUUGCAGGACUUUGUCAGAUUUUUGGUUGUGGAAAUUGGUAGAGAGCCUGGGAGAGGUAAAACACUGCCGGCGCUGAGGGCGGUCAAGAGGCGCGAGUAUAAGAGGGCGGAUAUUCCUUGA